GACCUCAUUUGGGGUCAUGACCCAUAGUUUGGGAACUGCUGAGCUAACCUCUUGAGUCCCUUCUGGCCCUUUGUUUCUAUGAGUGUUAUUUUGCAGCUUGGCUGCUCUCACUCAAGCUAGGCUAAUUAAAGAGAUGUUAACUCAAAUUACCUACACUGAAGUUAUCUCUGCAGAGAGAGUUUUGUCUUUAAUUUCAAUAAUAUUGAAAUGUUCCUGACUUUCAAAUAUAUCUUUACUAAAUCUGCAAUCUUAUCGACCAUGUAUAAAUCUUUAACAGCUGCUUUAUCAUUAACCCGCUUUGGUUAAUUUCCAACUGCUAAAUCCAAAAUAGCUUCUGAUCUUGGGGGAAAUGUGCUUCUGGCUCCCUGGUGAUUCCACAAGGCUAAUUCCAGGUAUCAGACAUUCACAUCAGUAGGUUUCGGGAUCCCAAACGAGUUCCUGACUUUGAAAAGUUCUGUUCUGAAACAAUUGAUAUAAUUCAACCAGUGCUUGUUCUAGUGACAGGUGAUUUGACAGAUGCCAAAACAAAAGAUAAACUGGGCUCUGAGCAGAUUGAGGUGGAGUGGCAAACUUACCAGUUGAUCCUGAAGAGAUCAAGAGUCAUGGAGAAAACCAAGUGGAUAGACAUCAAAGGGAAUCAUGAUUCAUUCAACAUUCCACACUUGGACAGCAUCCAAAAUUACUACAGGAGGUACUCUGCCUGGCAUAAGGAUGGCUCUUUCCAUUAUGUGCACAGGACGCCUUUUGGAAACUAUUCGUUCAUCUGUGUGGAUGCCACCCUCAGCCCAGGCCCCAAGAGACCAUACAAUUUCUUUGGGAUUCUAAAUAUGAGUCAAAUGGAAGAGCUCUCUUCCUUGGCCACAGAAAGUCAUCAUAGCAACCAAACCAUCUGGUUUGGCCAUUACCCCACUUCAACAAUCAUCUCCCCAUCCUCGGGAGUACGAAUGGUAAUGAGCUCUGCCACAGCCUAUUUGUGUGGACACCUCCAUACAUUGGGUGGACUGAUGCCAGUCCUGCAUAGUCGGCACCCUCAGGGCACUCUGGAACUGGAGCUGGGAGACUGGAUGGAAAAUAGGAAGUACCGGAUCCUUGCAUUUGAUCAUGACCUCCUUAGCUUUGCAGAUCUGAACUUUGAGGAGUGGCCAGCUGUUCUAAUCACCAACCCCAAAUCGUUACUUUAUAGCAGCUCUACUCAUGAACCACUAGUGAAAAUUCUUCACUCCACCCACAUCAGAAUUUUGGUCUUCUCUCCUUCUUUCAUCACCUCUGUGAAGGUCAGUAUUGAUGAAGUUCAUUUGGGGGAUGCUCAUCAUGUGUCUGGUCCUCUCUACGUACUGAAGUGGAACCCUCAAAACUACAGCGAAGGGUUACAUCACAUAGAUGUAACUGUCCAGGAUGCCAUUGGGAAGAGCAGCACUCAAGGUCAUACAUUUGCUGUGAACGAAAACCUCUCUCUUAGAUUUGGAUUCUUGUCAUCUCUCAUUCUCCUUACAGACCACUACAUCCUGACUCGAGUACUGUUUGGGCUGACUGUUCUGGUUCAGAUCACCUUGCUUCUUAUUUUCAGGUACCUUAGAAAGCCAACACUCAAAGGACCUCCAGGAUUAGUAAUGCUGACCUCCUUUUCACUUCACAUCUUGAGCAAAACAAACACCUUCUAUUACUCUGUUCUGAUACUGAGUUUGUAUACAGCUCUGGGACCUUGGUUUAUUGGCGAGGUGAUAGAUGGUCAGGUGGGCACCUGUUUUUCCUUUGGGGUAAUUGUUGGUGGACAUUUCCUGCAAGGCGGCUUGACAUUCGUGGUUGGAAUUUUACAGAUGAUAUUUUUUAACUUGCCUUUGAUGGCUUACCUGUGCUGGUGCCUGUUGCUACGAUGCCAGGGGCAUAGCUUUUGCUCUCAUAUCCGUCAUGUCAGGCACUUCCUGGCUGUGCCAAUCCACCUAACCAUGCUGCUCCUGCUGGCCUGGCAAGUCUAUUCCUGUUACUUCCUGCAACGGACCUAUGGAACUCUGGCUUUCUUCCUCUCCCCAAUGAAGACCUGGUUGGUGGUGCUGACUCUAGUUCUGAUCCAUAAAACCUGGACACUGAGCUCUUCUGAGCUGAGAACUUACAUAGUGGAAAUGAAAAACUGUCAGAGCUCUUGAUGCCUGACGAAGGUAUUCAAAGUUCUUUUGAGUUAAGCUGUGAAGUGCAGGUUUGUAUGGCUGCAUUUCAGUACAGCCCAGGCAAUUAAAUGGUAAAAUCUGAAGCUGUCCCUGAAUUGCUUCAGAACUUUGUGGUAAUGCGGUUUUCUGUGGUACAGAGUGGACCUGUGUGUUUGACAGAUGGAAUUAUUUCCUGAUUACUGAAUGAAAAAAAUGUUUUGAUUAAAUUCCUAAUUUUAUAA